CGUGGGCUCGGCUCAAAUGUCAAAUGGGACUAUUUCGUCAACAGAGCCGCGGCGCGAUAGUUGGACGCUGUAAAAUAAUAACAAAUAACAAUUACUGUUUAUUCCAGAUAAAUGGAUAUAAAACUGUGACUAUUGUGAGGUUAUUUGCGUCGUAAAUUAGUGACAUGUCGUGUAAGUUACGCGAAUGCAGCACAAAAACAUAGCGUAGUUUUUGUGAGUCGUUUCUUAUUGAUUUUCGGUCCUUGUCGGUUUUAUUACAAUUGCAAAGUUUACUUACGAGCCUGAAAAAACUGUAACGUCGACUGCAAAGUGUUCUUAAUAAGUUUUCAGUACUGUGAUAAGUUUUAAAUUUUAUUGUUUUGGCCGAGUCGUGUGAACAAACAAAAUGGAGAAAAUGGAAUCAGCGCUAGACGUGUUAUCCAGAGCGGCGACCAUGGUGCAGCCGUGUCCAGCCUACCCUGCCAGUGACUCUGAUGGUUUUGAAACUCCAAGCACAGCAUCAAGCGGGGAGUCUGAGGGUGACAGAACCUUGUCUCCGGAGGCGCCGCUGACGCAGCCCAAGGAGCUGACGGGGAAAUGGAGGCGGGAGAGACGGACCAGGCUGCCGGAGUACAGGCCACGCGAGAGCGGCAAGAUGGCGCUGCGGUCAGCGUCGUUCAACGAGCGGCGCGUCGCGCCGGCGGUGACGCGCGCGCCGCACUCCGACGGCGAACUGUCAGACGGGGUGGACGAGACGCCAGCUAACUUGACUACUAAUGGCAAAGCGCCUCCAGAAUACCCGGGUCCGAAGUACGAGGCGCCGAUCGACAUGCGACUGUCGAGGCCCGCGCCGCCGCCGUACAACAGACCUUCAGUGAUUAAGACGAAUGAUGCGCCACCUGGAUCAGUGUCAAUGUGCGACCCGGUCAUUGACGAACACUUCAGGCGCUCACUCGGCGACGACUACAUGAAUCUAUUCAAGAAAGACAACGCCCAGCCCGGACCCAAACCCAACACUAAAGACCGGGCCAGCAGCCCCAUACAAUUCACCAACGAGGAGCCCACCAAACCCGUCAAAAUAAUCGCCAUGGAGGUAGACGAUGCCAGCAUUUCCGUGGAUGACCAUUUCGCUAAAGCCUUGGGUGACACCUGGAAACAAAUUCAGACAUCUAGAAAGGAGACGGAGAAACCCACGUCUAGCAAAGGAGUAGAUGACCACUUCAGCAAGGCUCUAGGAGAUACUUGGAAGAAGAUACAAUCGGCUAAAUUAGAGGAAAAGAAAGAUCAAAAAAUAAUCACCAGGAGCGGUGUAGUGAUAUAGAUUUAUGGCAUCGUAAAUUCUCUUGAUAUCGUAAACGCGGUUCGACCGCUUCGACGGCUUCGUCUUUUUAUGAUGUUCAUAAAUUGGCACAAAUAUUUAGCGCGAAAUUGCGAUGGAAGGCGGGGCCGUCCUUAAUUGUAUGGAACAAUAACGAUGGAAGAUAUUUGUAGAGAAUUAGGGAAUGAAAAUAAACAUUCAUUACUAACUUAUUAAUACAGAUAUUAGGCGGCGUUAAACUGUACAAGGUUGCUUGUCUAUGUCUGGCACAUUGGCAAAAUCACAAUGACGGUCAAAGACAACAGACUAAAUAUUUAUUAGUAAGAAGGGUAACAUAAUUUACGUGACAUUGUUAUUACAUAUUCUACUACAUUGUGAAUUUCAAUACCAAUAUUUUGUCAUGUUAGAACCAUAAUUUAAGAAGUGAAUUUUAAUUUAUUUGUGCACACACACAUUAUUUUGUAUCUGUUGCCGUCUGCGUCUGUAAUGGGCCAACUCCAUGACAGUGUUACCUAAGACUCUAUUCACACUAUAGUCAUUUAGUCACCAUACACAAGUCAUACCUCAAUAUAAGCGCUUUGCAUGAUUCAUUAGUUGUAAAUAGUUUAUAAUACUUCGAAUAUAUUAGAGUUUCCUCUAUGUUCCUUUAUAUGUACGUUAAGUCUAGUUUAAGUUAUGUACAGAUGUAUUAUAUACAUGUGUGAUUCCUUAAGGUUAUAUGGUUGUAUAUAAGUAUGCUUAACUUAUUAUGUGGUUUUUGCAGAAGCAAAAUGUUUAGAUUAGUUUUAAGUACUUAUUGAAGAUGGUUAUAGAGAGUAGAUGUAAUAUUUCAGUCUUAAAAAGGUCAAAAUGUAUAAGUAUGUCGAUUGUAAGUUACAACACAGAUUUGAUAAGUCUAGAAAACGAUGACAGCAAAAUGGUAUUCCCAAUAAUUUCUAGCCAGCGUCAGCCGCGUCUAGAUUGGCCUAAAAUCCAAAAAAAUCGUCUUAUAU